AUGUUCAGCACGCUGAAGGACGACAGGGUAAAAAAGGGUCGGGAAGGCACUGGAAGCUCCACUUUACUAAUCCCCGUCAAAUUCUCCUCCCCGAAACCCCGAUUCCCCAAAAAUUAUGAACCCCCAAAUUCUCAUCCGGCGAGAGGCCCUCAGCCCCCGCCGCCGCGGCACCAAGAAAUCCACCCCCACCGCGUCGACACAUCCGUUUUCUUCAUCCAAGAAGAUCCCAAGCGGCCCAUUAAAGCAGACGAAGCCCCGACCACCCCCGCUGUUUCCGACCAAAUUCCCGGAGUUCGCCAGAGCCCCCGGUGGCCCGCACGACUGACGGAGCUAGAUCUCAGAUAUACGGCUCGUCCAACAGUGGUGCACGAGAUGAAGCCGCCGACCGGCGCCGGCGCAGUCCGAGGUCUCCACCUCCGGCAUCAAUGGCGGUUGUGGGUUGUCCAGAACUAUUUUAGGGGAAUUGAAUUCAUGAUGGCGGCGGCGGAUGUGUUGGAAUUUUCUGAAAGAAAAAAUGAUAUGGAUUAUGUUUUGGAAGGACAAGAAGUUUUUGAGAAAAUUGAAGUGUGUUACCAAGCACUGCUAAUUGUCACAGACUCACAGGUAACCUGCAGAACAAUGGCAUUUACCGUCAAGCAAAUGUCUCUGAUAGUGGCAACCCUUGGAAUUUUGUCCUUUGUGUUUAGAGUUAUUGCAGAAAACAAGAAGGUCAAAGUAAAACCAACAAUUGGAUAUGUAAAGAAAAUGUAG